CCAAUGGGCCGCCCCAUGGACCCCUCCUGUUGCCAUGGGGACGACGGGCGGGGCCCGGCGGGGCCGCAGUGGGCGGGGCUUGCGCCCGGAACGGGCGGGGUUAGGGGCGGGGCCCCGCCUGUGGGGACCGGGACGCGAUCGGCGCCGGCUCCGCCGCCCCAUGGGGCGCUCAUGGCUGUGGGGCCGGCGCAGUGGGGCCAGGCCGCGGGCGCGCUGCUGCGUGGGGCCCGGCGGGCGGCGCUGCGGGCCGGGGUCGCGGCCUGCGCCGCCCUCCUCCUGCUCUGGGCCUCGCUCUUCCUUUACGGCACCUUCUACUACUCCUACGUCCCCGCCGUCGCCUUCGUCCGCCCCGUCCAUUACGCCUUCCGGACGGAUUGCGGCUCCCCCGGGCCGGAGCUUUGCUCCUUCCCCACUGCCAAUGUGUCCUUGUUGGGAGGGAACAGGGAGAAGGUGCUGCUCUAUGGGCAGCUCUACCGCAUCUCCCUGGAGCUGGAGCUGCCGGAGUCACCGGUAAACCGGGCCCUGGGCAUGUUCAUGGUCACCAUCACCUGCUAUGGGGCAGGCGGGCGCCCCCUCGCCUCCGCCGCGCGCCCGGCCAUGCUCCAUUACCGCUCCCGCCUCCUGCGCACGCUGGACACCGUGGCCUUCGCCGCGCUCUUCCUCAGCGGCUUCGCGGAGCAGAAGCAGAUGGUGGAGGUCGAGCUCUAUUCCCAUUACCGCGAGGACUCGUACGAGCCCACGCUGGGGGCGGUGCUGGAGAUCCAGAGCAAACGCAUCCAAUUGUACCGGGCCCAGCUGCGGGUGCACGCGCACUUCACCGGCCUGCGGUACCUGCUCUACCACUUCCCGGUGACGUCAGCGCUGCUGGGCGUGGCCGGGAACUUCGCGCUCCUGAGCCUGCUGCUCCUCGCCGGGUACCUGCAGUGGGCGUGGCCCCGCGCUCGCCCCGCCCCCGCCGCCACCCGCAGCCAAUCAGCACCCGCCACACGGGAACCAGAGGAGGAGCAGGAGGAGGGGGGAGGGGAGGCACCAGCGCCCCCCCCGGAGCUCCUGGGCCCUGUGGAGCCGGAUGCAGAGACCGAGCCCCCCCCGGAGGCCGAACCCAGCGCCCCCACCGCGGAGGAGGAGAAGGAGGAAAAGGAGGGGGAGGGGCCAGAGGAGGACGUGGGGGAAGGGCAGGAGGACCAAGGGGCGGCCCCGCCCCCUCUCCCCUCCCCCCGCCGGCGCACCGUGUGCUCCAGCUCCUGAGCGCCCCUCCCCCCUGUGUCGAGACAUUCCCGCCAAUAAACACCCCUCUCCGCA